AUUUUUCUUUCCAUCACUGCAACUUUGGGCAAUGCCCUGAUACUGGUCGCUCUUCGAAAAAUAUCCUCUAUUUAUCCACCAACAAAACUCUUAUUUCGAUGUCUGGCAGUUACUGAUCUUUGUGUUGGUCUUUUUUGUCAACCACUCGACGUUUUCUUCAUUUUAGCAGAUUUUCGUCACAUUAACUACAUAAAAGAUAUCCCCUCCGUAAUACACAAUUUUUUCGUUGACGUGUUUUUUGCGGCGUCGGCCCUAACAUCAGCUGCCAUCAGUGUUGACAGACUUCUCCCUCUCUUAUUGGGACUGAGAUACAGACACGUUGUAACUUUAUGCCGAGUUCGUGUGCUCAUACCUUGUGUUUGGUUCUCUGCCGUUUCAAACGCUUCUUUGUUCUUUGUUCUUGGGUUUAAUUCUUCUCUCUAUCAUAAUCUCAUCGUUUUCAUACUCAAAGAUUUUUUUCACCCUUCGUCAUCGACAAGCCCAAGUACAAGGUCAUGUUCAACCAGAACAGUCGAGCAGAGUAAGAAGUGUACUGAACAUAGCAUGAUACAGUGGAACCCCGCCUUAUGAGCACCCCCUUUCAUAAGACCACCUCGUUAUUACGGCCAUAUUCUUUCAAACCAAACGUAAAAACCAUUGAGUCAUUUUAUUAUUUUGAAGACCCCGUUAAUGCGACCACCUCGUUAUUACGGCCAGGAUUUUAUGGCCCAACGGUGGUCGCAUUAACGGGGUUGUACAAGAAGACAGUGUAUAGCGUAGCUUGGAUACAGUUUGCUAUGCUUGCUUGUUAUGGUCCUUACACAAUAUUGGGAUCAGUAUCCUCUCUUCGUGGCUAUUCCUUCGAAAUUAAUAUCGCGAAUGAGUUUUGCUUUUGUCUUCUUUAUUUAAAUUCAUGUCUAAAUCCAGUUCUUUACUGUUGGAAGAUAAGAGAUGUGAAGCAGGAAGUGAAGAAAACAAUUAGCAAGUUUCUUUGCUUUUGA